UCUACAUGGGUAGUUUUAGAAAACACAGUGGAAUAUGUCCAGAACCAGAUGAACAAGGAGGAUGCUGCAUCCAAAUUGUGGAUUCUGUGACGAAGAAUAGGGGGGAUGGAGCCUAUCUGACAUGGGAGAAGCUUUGUGUAGCUGUUUCAAGCUCAAACGGAAGUGCAGGGAAGAAUGGAUAUAAAUCCGUACUUAAUGAUGCCACUGGUUAUGCUAAACCUGGAGAGAUUGUUGCCAUUAUGGGUCCUUCUGGUUGUGGCAAGUCUACUCUCCUUGAUUCAUUGGCUGGACGAUUGUCUUCGAACACGAGGCAAACCGGACGGAUUCUAAUCAACGGACAUAAAUCAAGACUUGCAUAUGGCACCAUGGCAUAUAUGACUCAAGAACAAGCUUUAACAUGGACUCUAACAGUUAAAGAAACUGUGUAUUACUCGGCUGAACUCCAGCUGCCUAAGUCGAUGCCAAAAUCAGAGAAGAGGGAGAGAGCUGAUAAAACUAUAAGGGAGAUGGGGCUCCAAAAUUCCAUGAACACAAGAAUAGGAGGUUGGGGGAUCAAAGGACUUAGUGGUGGCCAAAAGCGACGCCUAAGCAUCUGUGUAGAACUCUUAACACACCCCAAGUUCCUCCUCCUCGACGAGCCUGUAAGUGGUCUUGACAGCGCAUCUUCGUUCUAUGUCAUGAGUCGGAUUGUUAAGCUCACUCAGCAAUACCAAAUGACGGUUAUCACAGCCAUACAUCAACCUAGUAGUCAAGUGUUUGGGCUUUUCAACAAUCUUUGUUUAUUAUCUUUGGGGAAAACAUUAUACUUUGGUCCCACUUUUGCAGCAAACCAGUUUUUUGUAGCAAAUGGUUUUCCCUGUCCAGAGCUACAAAGCCCCGCGGAUCACUAUCUAAUGACUAUCAAUUCAGAUUUUGAUGAGGACACUGAUAUUGGAAACGAUCCUAAUGAAGUAAUCCAUCUCCUUGCUGAAGCCUACAAGUCAUCAGAAGUAUAUAUGGAUACUCAAAGAGAAAUAGCUACUUUAUGUACACAGAAAGGAGAGUUAAUCGAGGGAAGAGGUGGCCUGCAAGCCAGUUUCAUUACACAGUGUAUGGUGCUAUCAGCAAGAUCAUUCAAAAACAUGUAUCGUGAUCUAGGAUACUACUGGUUGCGACUUGGUAUAUAUAUUGCGUUGGGUUUUGCAUUAGGAACACUCUUCUACGAAAUCGGUUUCGAGUUUGACUCCAUCAGUGCUAGGGUUUCAAUGAUUUUAUUCGUUUCUUCAUUUCUGACCAUUUUAGCUGUCGGUGGGUUCCCUUCCUUUGUAGAAGAAACCAAGGUUUUUCAAUGCGAAAGACUAAACGGACACUACGGGGUUGGGUCAUAUGUUAUCAGUCACGCAAUUUCUUCAACGCCGUACCUACUUCUCAUCUCUUUAAUCCCGGGAGCCAUAGCGUACUCGUUCAUCGGACUCCAAAGAGAACCGGGACAAUUUAUAUAUUUUGAAUUAGUUGUCUUAAUGGCAAUGUUGUUGGUUGAAUGCCAAAUGAUGAUUGUAGCAGCCAUUGUGCCAAAUCUGCUUAUGGGCAUCAUAUCUGGUGCUGGAGUCCAAGGGUUGAUGAUACUAGGUGCAGGAUUCUUUCGGCUACCAAACCAUCUACCUCAUAUCUUUUGGAAAUACCCAAUGUACUAUAUAUCAUUUCACAGGUAUGCAUUAGAAGGACUGUACAAAAACGAGUUUGAAGGGCUUAAGUUCCCUGCGUACCCAGGAGGUCUUCCUACGGUUGAUGGAGAAACGCUACUGAAGAGCGUAUUGCACGUCGAGAUGGGAUACUCUAAAUGGAUUGAUCUUGCAAUCAUGUUUGGUAUGGUGGUUGCAUAUAGGAUAAUGUUCUUCUGUAUCAUCAAGACAAAAGAGAAUGUGGGGCCUAUCAUUAGAGAUUUCAUGUCAAGCUAUACUUUCAGGAACUAAAAUUAAUACAAUUGUAUCAAUCUCCAUAUGUCUUAACUUUUUAUGUUAUGAUACCUACAUGAACCCGAAACCGGGUGUCCCCAAGGCGAUAAGAAAUGUGCCUUUAAUUCUUGUGUGAUUUUUUGUUUCUAUGUUGAAAUUAUUAUUGUAUGUAAUUCAU